AUGAGGCUUGCCGCAUAUACUGGGGUCUCAGUGGCCCUAGCCACAGGUGUCUUUCUAAAGGCGCUUCAUCAGAGGGCGAACUUCUACUCGGCCUGCGUUUACCUUUCUCAAAGCAGUGCCAAUCUUAUGAUCCUGACAAAUGUCUGUCUGUUGGCAGUCGGCUUCCUUCUUUUUUGGCUUCAGCGUCUCCUGUACGGCCCUUUGCGACCCAUCGAAACCGAACAGUUGUAUGAAAAGGCAUGGUUCGCCGUUACGGAAACCUGUCUGGCCAUGACCAUAUUCCGGGGGGAGCUGGGGGGCUGGUUUUUGGUCAUGUUCGUCUGUCUACUUGUCGGAAAGGUUUGGGGCUGGAUUGGCGAAGGCCGCGUGGAAUACCUGGAACAGCAACCCCGGCCAACCCUCUAUUGUGUUCGGACGGUCCUUGAGCAAGCACGCCCUGACAUGAUGGUCAUGUUCGGCUUCGAGUUCGCCAUCCUCACCAUCCUAUCGAGUUCGACCGCCGCCAGGUACUCAAUUUCUCUGGUAGAGAUCUAUGUUACUCAUCAACAGCUGAAGGCCAGGGUGGAGGAGCGUCGUCAGGAGAUUCGAGCUGAGAGACAGGAGGCUAUUCGUCGGAGUGCGCAGGCAGGAGAACUCUCUCCUCCCACUAACUUACCCGAUGAAAACGACAUCAAUGAGAUGGAACUUGAUGUCCCAGGAUGGGAGGAAAAAGGCCGCUGGGUUUUCUAUCUCGAUCUGCUUACGGAUUUCUUGAAGCUGACCGUGUAUCUCUCGUUCUUUGCCAUCCUCUUCACGUUCUACGGGCUGCCGAUUCAUAUCCUGCGCGACGUAGUGGUGACGAUUCGUUCCUUCGGUCGAAGAAUCAUGGAUUUCCUUCGCUACCGCAAUGCUACUCGUGAUAUGAACGAGCGGUAUCCAGAUGCGACCGCGGAGGAAAUCGCACGGGAAGAAGUCUGCAUUAUUUGCCGGGAGGAGAUGGCACAGUGGCAGCAACCCGCGGACGGAGUUGGGCCAACAAGAGGACGGGUUUCCGAGAGACUCCGCCCGAAGAAGCUCCCUUGCGGUCACAUCUUGCAUUUCGCCUGCCUUCGCAGCUGGCUGGAAAGACAGCAAAACUGUCCAACCUGUCGACGCCCAGUUGUCGCGCCGCCUCGUCACCGCGGCCAGCCAGGGGCGGGGGUAAAUGACGGACAAGGCAACGGGGGUGCUGGGGGCCUACAAGGUGGCCCUGCUGGGAAUCAGCCUCCCGGGAGAAAUGCAGCUGCUGAUGGCUUACCAAGAGCUCGUGUAUACCAAUUUGGGCCCUUCCGGAUUGGGUUCGGCGCGGGCCGAGGAGACAUGUUCCACAAUCUUCAUCAGCAAAUUCACCAAGGCAAUGCUCCCUUGCAGCCAGCAAAUAAUGGCAACCCUGGCGCGAGACAGAUCGGGUUUGGUUUUGGCUUCGGACGUCCACCACCACCACCACCUACCGUCCACCCUUCGCCGGCCCCAGCGCCCGUCUCUGAUAUGCAAAGCCACCUUUCCCAACUGGAACAGCAGAUUAUGCAGGAGAUUAACAAUCUCCGGAUCACUGCGGAUCAACUCCACCUGGUCCGCUUGUUACAGACCGAACUUCAGCGGCUUCGGAGUCUCCAGAAUCCCCAGGCAAAUCCCCUCGAUUUGCCGAACAUUUUAUCGCAGAACCCUACCAUUCCUUCGCCAUCUACAAUAACAACGACUCGCCGACAAUUUGUAUCGGACCUGAGAGCACCGGCCAUGACGGCUGGCGAUACACGACUACCGGAAGGACUUAGCCUUCCUCCGGGCUGGUCCCUUCUUCCCCUCCACUCAGCGGAACAGGGCUCGAGUGGGGCGGUAAGCGUGACGCCCACACCAACUGUUCCUGUGGCAGCUCCGCCAGUACAGACGCCUGACGGCAGUUCCGAGUCCCAGACGCCCGCGUUGGCAGAGAACAGUGUGAAUGAAAGCCAGGAUGAGCAGGGUCCUAGCCAGGUGGAUUCGGGUUCUCGUACCCUGCCUGGUUGGGGUUCAGCAAUGGCGCCAACCACUGCUGCGACGGACGAUGCUGAGCCAGCGUCGGAGCAAUGGACAGAAGUGACAACUGAGAGACAACCUGAGAAGUCCAGCUCUCUAUCCGUUGGACAUGGUGAGGGUGUCCAUCAUAGUGAGGAUGGUGUGGUAGAAGACAGCUCAUCGUCAUCACCAUCGAAGGGCAAAGCACGGGUGGCAACGGUAGAGGACGUCGGGGAUGAUGAGACAUGA